GAAUCAAAUGCAUUAAAAGGCGGGGCUAAAUCGUCGUAGACACGUGUACCGGGAAGUAGGAAGUGAAUACAGUACAGGGGAGAUCAAGUCAAAUCGGAGGCCAGGAGGUGCGGCCGGCCGGCACAAUGAUUGAAGGCUACUCCCCUGUGGCCCAGGCGCUGAUGGGGACUCUUCUGACCUGGGCUCUAACGGCUGCCGGGGCUGCCAUGGUGUUUGUUUUCCCCGCUCGACAGAAGCACGUCUUGGAUGCAAGUUUAGGAUUUGCAGCAGGGGUGAUGUUGGCCGCCUCCUAUUGGUCAUUGCUGGCGCCGGCAAUCGACAUGGCCGAGGAUUCUGGGAAGUACGGCUCAUUUGCUUUCCUGCCCGUGGCCGUUGGCUUCGCACUCGGGGCGGCUUUUGUUUACUUGGCCGAUGUGGCCUUGCCCUUCUUGGGUGCGUCCGCCGACCCCAACAUGGCCUUGGCUCUUGCGUCGGAAUCCAAGAUUGGAAAAGACAAGGAGGAGGUUUCUCCAUUUUCCGAAUCUCAAGCCGCCAUCAAGUUAGGUAGAGCUGGACUUCUUACAGAGGAGGGCCUUCAAUUCCCCCGGAAGAGAGCAUCUCAUUGGGGUAACUCAAAUGAUGAAGAAAGUGAAAACACACAUGUGGAAGUGAGGAGCCAUUCAGGAAGCAGCUGGAGACGCAUCCUUCUCCUCAUCCUCGCCAUCACUAUCCACAACAUUCCAGAGGGCUUGGCUGUGGGAGUCGGAUUUGGGGCCAUUGGGAAGACUUCGUCCGCAACGCUUGAGAGUGCCAGGAAUUUGGCCAUUGGUAUCGGCAUCCAGAAUUUCCCAGAAGGCCUGGCGGUAAGCUUGCCCCUUCGCGGCGCAGGCGUCUCCACGUGGACAGCCUUCUGGUACGGCCAGCUCAGCGGCAUGGUGGAGCCCGUCGCCGGAACGCUGGGCGCCGUCGCCGUGGUGUUGGCCGAACCUCUGCUGCCGUACGCCUUGGCGUUUGCCGCCGGGGCCAUGGUUUACGUGGUGGUGGACGACAUCAUACCCGAGGCUCAAGUCAGCGGUAACGGAAAGCUGGCAUCCUGGACGGCAAUCUUGGGCUUUAUCGUGAUGAUGUCGCUAGACGUGGGACUGGGCUGAAUCGCCGUGGCGACCGGGAGCACGUCAACAAACAGCCUCCGUCGCCGGCCGUCUGUCCGUCCGUCAUUACAUGCCAGACCUCAGUGUCAAAGGAGGGGGAGCGACGGUAUUUUGUUGAAAUGUCAAUCAUUAGUCUCCCGCAGUGCAACCCGUUGCCUGCCAUAGAACUCCAAAAUGGGACGUCACACUCUUGUUAUGUUUUAAAAGCAGGCAAAUUGAUUGUUGCCUUUUGGACGUGAAUUUAGCUCUCAAGUCUGCAUCUUCCGGGUGAUUCUUUAUCUUGCUGUGAAGUCGAGGUUGUAGGUCUGGACUCCUCACAAAUGGAUUGUGUCAUGGCCACUUCUCCAAACUUGCCGAAAUCAGAAAGCCUCUGUGGCUGUCCAAAUACAUCAAGAUCUAUUUUUCCAGUGGCUCGUACUAGUCCAGCUUUUUCAACGGACUUUUUGGGUCAAGAAAUGGUCCAGUCUUAAAAGUGACAUUUAUCUCAACUUUGAUUUGUUUUAGUUUGGGCUUCUGAUUUUGUUGCGAUGACCUCAUGGCGGGGGUGGCAUGACUUGAACUCGCUGACCUAUUGGAUUUUCUUCCUUUUUCUGCGGAAGGCCUGAAAAGAAGCAGCUGAUUAUUUCUUUCAAAAGUCUACAGACACGCCGUAAAGCCCCUUUUUUACAGUAUGCUGAAAUAUGCCAAUUAAAAUGGGAGGGUAACUAACGUCCAACAA